CAUGACGCAUAGAUUCAGAACUGGACUCCAGUAUAUAACUAAGGACCUGUUUCCCAAAUUAUAACGGAAACAUAAGAUGAUUCCCUAUAUCUUCCUCGUUCUAGCUCUUCCUGUCUUCCUCUCCUUUCUUCUCCAAAAGCUUAAAACUAGAAGAAAUUCUUCUCUACCACCUGGGCCUAAAGGUCUUCCCUUAAUAGGCAAUUUACAUCAAUUCGAUCAGUCAGCUCCUCAAAACUAUUUAUGGAAACUUUCUCAAAAAUAUGGGCCUUUAAUGUCCUUGCGUUUGGGUUCUGUGCCAAUCUUAGUAGUUUCCUCCGCCAAAAUGGCUAAAGAUAUUCUGAAAACUUAUGAUCUUACAUUCUGCAGCAGACCUCCAGUUCUUGGCCAGCAAAAAUUGUCAUACAAUGGUUUAGACUUGGCUUUUGCACCUUAUAACUCUUAUUGGAGAGAGAUGAGAAAAAUAUGUGUAGUUCAUCUUUUCAAUUCCAAUAAGGUGCAGAGUUUUCGUCCCAUUAGAGAAUUUGAAGUUUCGCAUAUGCUUGAAAAGAUCUCUAAGUUAGCUGCUGCCACUAAACCAGUUGAUUUAUCCGAGGCUAUGAUGUCUCUUACAAGUACUAUAAUAUGUAGGGUUGCUUUCGGGAAAAGGUACGAGGAAGAGGGAAUCGAGAGGACUAGGUUUCAAGCUUUACUCGAGGAAACUCAAGCCUUGUUUACUAGUUUCUUUGUUUCAGACUACUUUCCGUUUUUGGGUUUUGUUGAUAGACUUACAGGAAUGAACCGUCGCCUAGAGAAGAACUUCAAAGAGUUCGAUAUUUUCUAUAAUCAAAUAAUCCAAGAGCAUCUUGAUCCUAGUAGACCAAAGCCUGAGCAAGAGGAUAUUCUUGAUGUCUUGCUUCAAAUUUGGAAGGAUCGUUCUUUCAAAGCUCAUCUUACUCCAGAUCAUAUCAAAGCAAUUCUCAUGAAUGUAUUUGUGGGUGGAACAGACACUAGUGCAGCGGCUGUGGUUUGGGCCAUGACCUUUCUAAUGAAGAACUCCAUAGCAAUGAAGAAAGCUCAAGAAGAAGUUAGGCACAUUUUUGGGAAGAAAGGUUUUGUAGAUGAAGAUGAUACCCAACAACUUGUUUAUCUGAAAGCUGUGAUUAAAGAAACAAUGAGAUUGCAACCUACAGUUCCUUUAUUAAUUCCAAGAGAAUCAACUCAAGACUGCAACCUAAGUGGAUAUGAAAUACCAGCUAAAACUGUAGUUUAUGUGAAUGCAUUGGCAAUUGGAAGGGAUCCUGAAGUUUGGGAAAAUCCUGAAGAGUUUUGUCCUGAAAGAUUCAUUGGUAAAUCUGUAGACUUAAAAGGGCAAGAUUUUGAACUGGUACCAUUUGGAGCUGGCAGAAGAAUUUGUCCAGGGAUAUUUAUUGGCCUUGUAACUGUGGAGCUCUCUCUUGCUAACCUGCUUUACAAAUUUGAUUGGGAAAUGCCUGCUGGAAUGAAAAAGGAAGACUUAGACAUGGAUGUGAAUCCAGGCAUUGCUGUGCACAAGAAAAAUGCAUUAUGCCUGGAGGCUAGGGAGUAUAUAUGAGGUUUAAGGUGUACUGAAAUAAGAAGAGAACUUAUUUAUGUAGUAUGUGUAUGCUUUCUCGCUCAAUAAAUGGUGGAACUCGCUUGUCGAAUAUUAAUCUAAGAUGAGUAUGCAAACUUUGUUAUUUA